AUGUUUUCAUCCAAGAAUGCAUUUCAUCAACCACACCACGGAGCAAGAAGAUUUCACAGCCUCACUACUUGCAAACUAUUCUUGUGUAGUCUGUUUGUGUUCAUUCUUCUUUGUUGCUGGUGGAAAGAUUCUUCUUCAAGUUUGAAUCAGGAUGAAAAGUUUUCAGUGGUCAAAGGUCAAGCACUUUUCCCUCCACAACAACAACAACAACCAUCAUUAACUCCUUCUCAAAUUGAACAAAUUACAAGACUCAUCUUCCAACUCAUUUCUGCUCAACAAGGAUCUUCUUCAUCAUCUAGGGAAGACACUGAAGGAGAUGAGGAAGAAGGAGGUGGUGGACAAGAAGGAGGAGGUGGUUCUUCAGGUGGUGGUCGAGGAGGAUCAUCUGGAGGUGGUGGACAAGAAGGAGGUGAAGAAGGUGGUGGAGGAGGAGGUGAGGAAGGUGGAGGAGGUGGUCAAGAAGGAGGAGGUGGUUCAUCUGGAGGUGGAGGUCAAGGAAGAGGAGGAGGUGGUCAAGCACCUUCUGGAGGUGGAGGAGGUGAAGAAGGAGGUGGAGGUGGUGGCGAAGAAGGAGGAGGUGGAGGUGGUGGUGAAGAAGGAGGAGGUGGAGGUGGUGGAGAACCUGGUGGAGGAGGAGGUCAAGCACCUGGUCGAGGUGGUGGACAACCCCAACAAGGAGGAGGUGGUGGUGAGGAAGGAGGAGGAGAAGUUGGUCCUGGUGGUGGUGGAGGUGAACCUGGAGGCGGUGGUGGUGGUCAGGAACCUUCUCCAACACCCAGUCCCAAUGAACAACAGCAGCAACAAGAGAGAGCCAGACGAGAAGAGGACGUGGAAGACGAAGAGGUGAGCGUGGAAGAAGAAGAAGAGACCGAAGAAGAGAUCGUCGUAGAGGUCGUAGAAGAGGCCGAAGAAGAGAACGACGAAGAUCAAGAAGAAGAAGUAGAAGAAGAGGACCUUCCCGUAGAAGAUCUCGAAGAAGAGCAAGAAGAUCUGGGCGUCGUGCAGGACGAAGAGCUGGACGAAGAAGAGCACGUCGUAGAUCUGGACGAAGAUCUGGAAGAAGAGCUGGACGAAGAUCUGGACGUCGAGCUCGAAGAAGAUCCAGAAGAAGAGCACCUUCAAGAAGAAGAGCAAGAAGAAGAUCCAAUAGGAGAGCGAGAAGAAGAGGUCCCAAUCUGA